AUGAAAAUUUUUGUAUGUGCCUAUUUUGCUAAUGAAUUUUGGAUUAACCGAAAUUACGCAUUCAUCGAAUUUUGUUUCGCGUUUUUUACUGUAUUAAUCCAACUGGCACAAUUCAAAAAGGAAUACGAUGGGCGAGUGUUACGGGUGGACGUGGCUGAUGCACCACGUGGCCGAGAUCGACGCGCUGGAGGUGGACGCGCCGGUGGAUUUGGUGGACGAGGAGCUGCUGCUGGUGGAGGAGGUGGUGGUGGUAGUAUGCGCGGUGGUGGACAGCCCUUCAAAGGAGGAAGUAGCCGUUCGGGUGAACGCGGUGCUGCUAGUAAAAGUGAUGAUUUUGGGCGCCCAGAAUUCAGUCGGCCUGAAGGACCCGGUUUUGGUCGCAGUGUUGGAAGAGGCCGUGGUCAAGAUGGUGCUGACUUUGUUGCGCAUCCAAGUGCGCCCGGAAGGCCUCGUUUGCAGUUGAAGCCACGUACAACCGAUCCGGCGGAGCUCGAGAAACUAAAGAAGCUGGAGGAGGAGGAGACCAAGAAACGCCAGGCGCGUAUUUUUCAGGCCAAGGAUUAG